AUGUUUGAGACUGUCGCCCAGAAACGAUCCCGGCAGCUGGAGCAGCCCAGUUCAGCGUCGUUCGUUGCACCAGCCAAGCAACGUCCAACAGUCACAUACGGAAAGCGCAAUCGCAACAGACCUCUUCCACUACAGGGCACACAAUUCCUUAGACGAGAUAGUUCUAUCAUCUCACCGGACAACGACAGCGACGAUGAAGAAGAUUUUGUACCCAUUAGGGCAGCAGAGCCGCGACUGAAGAAAGUGGUGGAGCCAGAUCCUGAUGAUUCACCCUUGUCUGAAGACGAGCUGAGGGCAGCAUGUCCGAGCAAUGCCAGUCCAAUACUGUCGCCAAGUAGCAGUCCAGUGCUGGCAACUUCAAGCAGCAAAACAAGCCUUGAACCAAACAGGGAAGCUUCAAGCGCAGAGAAGGGCAUUGGAAAGCGGGUGCCGAGGACGGUCAAGAAGCCCACGUACCCACCCAGGAAGAUAGAUGUUGCCAAGCAGAAGACUCGUGCGGAACCAAGCGCACCCCAGAGGGGCACAGCAGAUACGGCAAGCACCAAGCAGAGCACGGAGCCAAGGCCCAAAGCGAGAACGAAAGGCAAGUCGACGACCAGACCCAAGGCGAAGGCUCUCAUCAGACUGCCAGUGAACGAGUUGACUCUUUUGCCGGUACCACGGGGCGAUCCUCCUUCAUCGGCCGCAGCAGAACAUGAGCUUGAUCAAGAGAACCAAGACCCGAUCUCAAACACCACGAGCUCCGGACAGAAACGAACUCUCUCACCUAUUCACGACAUUAGCGAUGACAACGCAAAAGCGCCCCUGACCAUAAUUAGCAAGCGCCUCAAGACUCCAAGGUUCACUCACAAGUCUAUUGCAGCUCUUCGGAAGAAGCAAAUCAGGAGAUCGUCCAUCUUCCAAAACAACGACGUGACUUCUAAGCUUGGCGAUGGGUUCGAAUCGUCCGAGCUGAAAGUCGACCAUGGUCACAUCUUCGCGAAGCGACGGCGGAAGACAUUGAAGCCGCUUCUUCUGGGCUUCAGCGCUCUUCAGCUCCAGCCAGGUCCGUUGCCUGAAGUCAAGUUCGAGGGCAACAGCUCUGAACUCCAGCUAGAAGCCGCGUCCCGAGACGAGCAGAACUAUCGCUGUGCGGAAGACGACGGCCCUAAUGCUUACAGUGACCGUGAUCAAUCUUUGCCUCGAGCCGAGAAGCGGCGAGUAAGCUUCAGCGAUCGUGUACUCAGCGACAUAGUGCGACAAGAGCUAUCGUCCAUUGGUGCUCCCAGAAGACCAAUCAGUGUCUCGUCUGACCAAAGCGAGAGCGACUUCCAAGAGUUCGAUGACAGCGAUGCAGAGGCGAACGAGGAUGAGGCCAGUGAUCGUGGCGCAGAGUCCAACCCAGAGCCAGAGCCACCCGCGCCAACGCCCCCGAGCGACCAGCAGGCUCAGAGCUACAAGAAGUUCAUGCGCAGAAGCCCGCCUCCGGAACGCGUUAACCAACAUGCAACUCCAAAGUUCUCGUCCGAUCGCCGCAUUGGCCAGCCACCCCGUACGUUGUCCAGUAUCAACCGAACGAUGGAGGUCGACGAAGCGAUUCUCGAUGAACCUGACGACGAGGCGACAAAGCCACGCACACUCCUGCGCAAUGAAAACCUAAUCGAGGUCGACGACAUAAUCCUCGAUGAUAUCGAGCCAAAACCUACAACGGAGGAGACUGACCAGCAAGACCCCAUCUGGAACCGAGAGCACGACAUGCUCGACGAAAUGGAAGGCAGCAUAUACGCACGCUCCUACAACGAGCGUCCACCUCCACCUCCCCCUCUCCCUCCACCACAACGCCCACGCUCCAUCCUGAGAAUCCCAUCCUCGCGCUUCGAGUCACGCGCCACGAAACCGUCAGACACAGCAUCCAACACGCGCCGCAACAGUACCCGACAACUCGAAGCUGCAAGCCCUCACUUCCCACCGGCAGGUCCCUCCCGCCGCAGAACAACACUCGUAGACCUCGAAGCCGACGAACAAAGACGCUACUUCUCCACAGCAUCUCACUUUCUUCACCAAGCUCAGGCCGAUCCACCUCGGAUUACAAAGAUGCGCUCAAAUUACUUUGCGCGCCAAGCAUCUCAGCGUGGUGAGACUCAUGUACAGGUCUACGAUAGCGAGGCGCAAGUCUUAGAGACUUCUCCGGAACCGGUGAUGUUGCCGGACUAUACCAACUCCACCUCAAGCCAGCUGAAUAUUCUCCGCAGAGGCGCGGAGGCAACGUGGACCAGCAGCGAGAGUCUGCCUCGCGAGCCGAAAUAUCUGAAAGCGUUGACGAGGAGCGUGAGUAGAGAGUAUGGUACGUUAUCACAGAGUGUCAGGAGAAGGCCGAGUUUGCCGUUCCAGAGCCCGACGAAGAUAAGGUGA